UAUCUAAACCCUAUAUACACAUUUUUUUUCCAUGGUGAGCCUAAAUAUUUAUGCAGUUUUGAUUGUUCUUUAUUUGUUUGGUGCGACGCAAAUAAACAGUCGGAAAAUAGGUGAUGAAGUAGAUGAACUCGAGCUCGAUUAUAUAUGCCUCAAAAAUGAAAAGUUAGCCAAAAUUCAAUUCUACGCCCAAGACAUAGUGGGCGGCCCAAAUGCAACAGUUCACGAGGUCGCACGCGCCGCCGUCUCCACAGACGCGCUUCUUUCCUUCGGGAAAGUGUUCGUCGUCGACGACGUAGUCACUGCCGGACCCAGCGCUGACACAGAGGCGCUGGGCAAGGCGCAGGGCAUCAUAACCUCGGCCGACAUGGCGAAUGCAGCGAUGGCGAUGAGCUACAACGUCGUCUUCACGUCGGGGGAGUACAACGGGAGCAGCCUCAGCGUCGCCGGCCGGAACGAGGUGGCGGAAGAGCGGCGCCGGGUGGCAGUCGUUGGGGGAACGGGGGUUUUCCGGUUCGCGCGCGGCUACGCAGUGUUCAGCACCUACUCGAGCGCCGUCAGAGAGGAUUCCAGCCUCUAUACCGUUAUAGAAUACACCAUCUACUCCACCUUUUGUCCCUAGCUAUUUAUUUAUAUUAGUAGUAUGUUUCUAUUUUGGACCUCCAAUCUCACAUAAAUAUAAUUCAUUUGUAUUCCCUCUUCAAUAAGGAGUAAUAACUUUUGGUUGUUAAUGGACCUAUUAUGGUCUGAAUCUUUGUCAUAUUUAUGGGUUCAUUUAGAAGUUGGGCUUAAGAAACUUAUUAAUCGAUCUUUGAAUAA